GCGGCGCGCUCAGCCUUGCGCAGCUCCGCCCGCGGCCGCCCGCGGUUCGCACGUCUCGGCUCGGCUCGGCUCUGCGCGGCCAGCCCAGCCCAGCCUCCCCGUGACCCCCCGAGCCUCCGCGCCUGGGGCCACGCUGGAGCCCCCUGCCCCGCAGCGGAGGCGAGUCGCGACUUGGCGCGGCGGCCGGCGGCCGCCCGGCUGCGGAGGUCCUGCAAGUUCUCUGAGUGCCAAGCGUUGAAUUAUGAGCUGGAGUGCCACCAGUGCACCAUGAGGAUUGACUUCACUUUUGCCCUCCCAAGGAUCACAUACUUUAUGAAUUCACUUUCUCUUCCAUCUUACUUCCACCUCCUUCAGUAUUGUCAUCACUUCUAGGAAACCAGAAUCAGAGGCUUUAGCUUAAUCUUUGCCUUUCCUCCCUCCAAGGAACAACCAGUGUCACCUUUGUGUUCUACCAAAACAAACCACUGUGGGUAACUUUGCCCUUCACAAAAGUACACCAGCUGGAGAAACCACUUCAUAUAUCCUGUACAUCCGAGAUAAAGGCCUCUGGAUAAUUGAGAUCUUUGCUUGGAGAGAAGGCAUUUCUUCUUGAUCACGUGCCCUUGCUAUUUCCCUUUCCAGCCGCUCUUCCUUACUCUCAGUCUGUGCUCUCCUCUUCCUGCUGGAUUUAACAGAUUCAGUGUUGACUGCUGGAAUUGUCCUCCCAGUAGUGUGGCUUUUGUUUUAAUCCUGGUAAAAGCAGAUUCUUGAAACAAUGGGCUUCACUCUCCACUCUGUCUACUUCACUUUGAAGGUGAGUUUGCUGCUGGGCUCCUUGCUGGGUCUCUCUUUGGGUCUGGAGUUCAUGGGCAUCCCCAAUCAGUGGGCCCGCUUCCUCCGCUGGGAUGCCAGCACUAGGAGUGAACUCAGCUUCCAGUUCAAGACCAAUGUCUCUGCUGGGCUGCUUCUCUACUUUGAUGACGGUGGUGUCUGUGACUUCCUCUGUCUGUCUCUUGUUGAUGGGCGCAUCCAGCUCCAGUUCAGUGUGGACUGUGCAGAGACUACAGUUAUCACAGAUAAGCAGGUCAAUGACAGCAACUGGCACUUCCUGAUGGUCAGCCGCAAUCACCUUCGGACAGUGCUAGUGCUGGAUGGUGAAGCCAAAGCAGGUGAGGUACGUCCACAGCGUCAGUAUAUGAAUAUUGUGAGCGACCUUUUUGUGGGUGGAGUUCCUUUGGACAUCCGUCCUGCCGCCUUGACCCUUGAUGGUGUUCUGAGUGAGCCUCCGUUUCAAGGAUUUAUUCUGGAUCUGAAAUAUGGCAACUCUGAGCCGCAGCUCCUGGGCAGUCAAGGAGUCCGACUGGAAAUGGAAGGGCUCUGCGCAGAAAACCCCUGUGAAAAUGGUGGCACUUGCUUUCUUCUGGAUGGUGAGCCACACUGUGACUGCUCAGCUACUGGGUAUACUGGCAAGCUGUGUUCUGAAGAUGUCAAUCACAUUCCAGGCCUCUCACACCUCAUGAUGGCUGAACAAGGUAGAAGUAAAGCACGAGAUGAGAACAUGGCCACUUUCCGUGGUUCCGAAUACCUUUGCUAUGACCUGUCUCAAAACCCUAUCCAGAGCAGCAGUGAUGAGAUCACUCUCUCCUUCAAGACAUGGCAACGCAAUGGGCUCAUUCUGCACACCGGCAAGUCUGCUGAUUAUGUCAACCUGGCCCUGAAAGAUGGUGCGGUUUCACUGGUCAUUAACCUGGGGUCUGGGGCCUUUGAGGCCAUUGUGGAGCCUGUCAAUGGAAAAUUCAAUGACAACGCAUGGCAUGACGUUAAGGUGACGCGCAACUUGCGGCAGCACUCAGGCAUUGGACACGCUAUGGUGACCAUCUCUGUGGAUGGCAUCCUGACCACCACGGGUUACACGCAAGAGGACUACACCAUGCUGGGCUCUGAUGACUUUUUCUAUGUGGGAGGGAGCCCCAGUACUGCUGAUUUACCCGGCUCUCCAGUAAGCAACAACUUCAUGGGCUGCCUCAAAGAGGUUGUUUAUAAGAAUAAUGACAUUCGUCUGGAGCUGUCUCGCUUGGCACGGAUUGGUGAUACUAAGAUGAAGAUCUAUGGAGAAGUGAAAUUUGUAUGUGAGAAUGUGGCUACACUGGACCCCAUCAGCUUUGAGACACCUGAGGCAUAUAUUAGUUUGCCCAAAUGGAACACCAAAAGGAUGGGCUCCAUCUCAUUUGACUUCCGAACCACUGAACCCAAUGGGCUGAUACUUUUCACCCAUGGCAAGCCUCAGGAGAGGAAAGAUGCCAGGAGCCAGAAAAAUACGAAGGUAGACUUCUUUGCAGUUGAACUUCUAGAUGGGAACCUCUACUUGUUGCUGGACAUGGGCUCUGGGACUAUUAAAGUCAAAGCCACGCAGAAGAAAGCCAAUGAUGGAGAAUGGUAUCAUGUGGAUAUUCAGCGAGAUGGAAGAUCAGGUACUAUAUCAGUGAACAGCAGACGCACCCCAUUCACCGCUAGUGGAGAGAGUGAGAUCCUAGAUCUGGAGGGUGACAUGUACCUGGGUGGGCUGCCAGAGAACCGGGCAGGACUCAUCCUUCCCACUGAGCUCUGGACAGCAAUGCUGAACUAUGGUUACGUUGGCUGUAUCCGAGACUUGUUCAUCGAUGGGAGAAGCAAGAACAUCCGGCAGCUGGCAGAGGCGCAGAAUGCAGCAGGAGUAAAGUCCUCUUGCUCCCGCCUGAGUACCAAGCAAUGUGACAGCUACCCAUGUAAGAAUAAUGCAGUCUGCAAGGAUGGCUGGAACCGCUUCAUUUGUGACUGCACUGGCACUGGCUAUUGGGGGAGAACAUGUGAGCGAGAGGCCUCUAUCUUGAGCUAUGAUGGCAGCAUGUACAUGAAGAUCAUCAUGCCUAUGGUCAUGCAUACUGAGGCAGAAGACGUGUCCUUCCGUUUCAUGUCCCAGCGUGCCUAUGGGCUGUUGAUGGCAACCACCUCACGAGAUUCUGCUGACACUCUGCGCCUGGAGCUGGAUGGAGGCCGUGUCAAACUUAUGGUCAACUUAGACUGUAUCAGGAUAAACUGUAACGCCAGCAAAGGUCCAGAAACCCUUUUUGCUGGCUAUAACCUCAAUGAUAAUGAGUGGCACACAGUGCGUGUGGUUCGACGUGGAAAGAGCCUCAAACUGAUGGUGGAUGAUGAUGUUGCUGAGGGCACAAUGGUUGGUGAUCACACCCGUUUGGAGUUCCAUAACAUUGAGACGGGUAUCAUGACAGAGAAGCGUUACAUUUCUGUCAUCCCUUCUAGCUUUAUUGGUCACCUUCAGAGCCUCAUGUUCAAUGGAAUGCUCUACAUUGAUCUGUGCAAGAAUGGUGAUAUUGACUAUUGUGAGCUGAAGGCACGGUUUGGUCUCCGUAACAUUAUAGCUGACCCUGUGACAUUCAAGACUAAGAGCAGCUACCUGAGUCUGGCCACCUUGCAGGCUUAUACAUCCAUGCACCUCUUCUUUCAGUUCAAGACCACUUCAGCUGACGGUUUCAUACUCUUUAACAGUGGUGAUGGUAACGACUUCAUCGCAGUUGAACUAGUCAAGGGCUAUAUACACUAUGUGUUUGACCUUGGGAAUGGACCCAAUGUUAUUAAAGGCAACAGUGACCGUCCUCUUAAUGACAACCAGUGGCACAACGUUGUCAUCACCAGAGAUAACAGUAACACGCACAGUCUAAAGGUGGACACUAAGAUGGUCACUCAAGUUAUCAAUGGUGCCAAAAAUCUGGAUCUUAAAGGUGAUCUCUACAUUGCUGGUCUAGCUCAAGGCAUGUACAGCAACCUCCCAAAGCUAGUGGCCUCACGUGAUGGAUUUCAGGGCUGUCUAGCAUCUGUGGACUUGAAUGGGCGUCUGCCUGAUCUAAUCAAUGAUGCUCUGCACCGCAGUGGGCAGAUUGAACGUGGAUGUGAAGGACCAAGCACUACCUGCCAGGAAGAUUCCUGUGCAAAUCAGGGUAUCUGUAAUCAGCAGUGGGAAGGCUUCACCUGCGAUUGCUCCAUGACUUCGUAUUCUGGGAGCCAGUGUAAUGACCCUGGUGCCACAUACAUAUUUGGGAAGAGUGGAGGCCUCAUCUUAUACACCUGGCCAGCUAAUGACAGACCAAGCACAAGGACAGAUCGUCUUGCUGUGGGCUUCAGCACAACAGUGAAGGAUGGCAUUCUUGUACGGAUUGACAGUGCCCCUGGACUUGGUGAUUUUCUGCAACUGCACAUAGAACAAGGCAAGAUUGGUGUAGUCUUCAAUAUUGGCACGGUGGAUAUCUCUAUUAAAGAGGAAAGCACACCUGUGAAUGAUGGAAAAUACCAUGUGGUGCGCUUUACCAGGAAUGGCGGCAAUGCUACCCUUCAAGUUGACAGUUGGCCAGUGAAUGAACACUAUCCAACAGGCAACACUGAUAGUGAACGGUUCCAAAUGGUAAAACAGAAAAUCCCCUUCAAAUAUAACCGGCCUGUAGAGGAGUGGCUGCAGGAAAAAGGACGACAGUUAACGAUCUUCAACACCCAGGCGCAAAUAGCCAUAGGAGGAAAAGACAGAGGGCGUCUCUUCCAAGGCCAACUCUCCGGUCUCUAUUACAAUGGCUUGAAAGUGUUGAACAUGGCAGCAGAGAACAACCCUAACAUUAAAAUCAAUGGAAGUGUCCGACUUGUCGGGGAGGUCCCUUCCAUCUUGGGAACAACACCCACAACCUCCGUGCCACCAGAAAUGUCUACUACUGUCAUGGAAACCACAACUACCAUGGCCACCACUACCACCCGAAAAAAUCGUUCACCACCUAGCAUCCAGACAACAGAUGACAUUGUUUCAUCCGCUGAAUGUUCUAGCGAUGAUGAAGACUUCAUUGACUGUGAACCCAGUACAGGUAAGUCAGGAGGUGAAUUAGUUAUUCCUCUACUUGUAGAAGACCCUUUAGAUAUCCCUCCUAUUGCUACUCGUGCACCUUUCAUUACACUUCCCCCUACCUUUCGCCCCCUCCUCACCAUUAUUGAGACCACCAAAGAUUCCCUGUCCAUGACCUCUGAGGCGGGGUUACCUUGCUUGUCGGACCAAGGCAGCGAUGGUUGUGAUGAUGAUGGCUUGGUGAUAUCUGGGUAUGGCUCAGGGGAAACCUUUGACUCUAACCUACCCCCUACUGAUGAUGAAGAUUUUUACACCACCUUCUCCUUGGUAACAGAUAAGAGUCUUUCCACUUCAAUCUUCGAAGGUGGCUACAAAGCACACGCACCCAAGUGGGAAUCCAAGGACUUUAGACCUAACAAAGUCUCCGAAACUGGUAGGACUACUACCACGUCUUUGUCCCCUGAGCUGAUCCGCUCCACAGCUUCGUCCUCGACUGGGAUGGUACCCAAAUUGCCAGCUGGCAAAAUGAAUAACCGUGAGCUCAAACCCCAGCCUGACAUAGUCUUGCUUCCGUUGCCCACUGCCUAUGAGCUAGACAGCACAAAGCUGAAGAGCCCGCUAAUCACUUCCCCCAUGUUCCGUAAUGUGCCCACAGCAAACCCCACGGAGCCAGGAAUCAGACGGGUUCCGGGGGCCUCAGAGGUGGUCCGUGAAUCGAGCAGCACAACGGGGAUGGUCGUCGGCAUUGUGGCUGCUGCCGCCCUCUGCAUCCUCAUCCUCCUGUACGCCAUGUACAAGUACAGGAACAGGGACGAGGGGUCCUAUCAGGUGGACGAGACGCGAAACUACAUCAGCAACUCUGCCCAGAGCAAUGGCACGCUCAUGAAGGAGAAGCAGCAGAGCUCAAAGAGUGGCCACAAGAAACAGAAAAACAAGGACAAAGAGUAUUAUGUGUAAAAAAGAAUACUUAUUUAUAUAUAAAUAUAUAAAUACUUAAUGAGAUUUAACUAUCAGAACCAUUGCAGUGAACGAGAUUAGGAGAUAUCAUUUGUGGGAAAAAGUAUUGGGAAAAAAUAUUAUCAGCAGUGACUGUUAAUGUCUCAGUCAUCACUUGGAGUCAGCAAACUCUGCCCUAAUGUAUUAUAAAGCACACUUAGCGUUCUGGAGAUGGCGCAUACAGCUCUGCCCUGUUAGUGAACUUGGAUGUCUCCAAAUCUCCUCCUCCGCUGAACUUUCUGCAAAAGUAGAAGACUUCAUGGCUUACUUGUUUCAUAUCUCCAAGUGAGUCUUUAACAAUGUUCGUGAUUCCUGACUGUAUCAAUAAUUUUUCAGUUUAGUUAUUUAAAAAAAGAAAAGAAAAAAAAAAAGAAAAAAAAAAAAGAAAGUAAAAAAAGGAAAGAAAAGAAAAAGAAUGCAAACAUUAUUAAACAACAACAAAAAAAAAAAAAUCAAACAAACUGAUCUGGCUGUGUCCAGCACACAUAAUUUUUCAAGAUUGGAGGAGGGGAAUAAAUGAUUUUGGAGAUUGUUGGAUUUUGGUUUGGUUUCUCGGGUUGUUUUAUUUUUGAUUUUGUUUACUUUUGGGUGUGGGAGGAAAGGGUGGAGAAGAUCAUUGUGGGGGUGGGGAGCAUGAACCAGGGAUACGUGUUGAGAAGAAAUCUCGGAGAAAAAAAAAUUCAUAGUAAAUAAAGAGAGACUAUUGCCAUAUAUGAACUCAAAAGCUACUCAUGGUGUUUACUCUGCAUAUCUGGUUGUGUUGUCUCUAGAAACCGUCGUCUUGCAGUAAGUUAUUUGCUAACAAUGCAGUGAAAGUGUGUGAUGGGUGCUGAUGAAGAAAAUUAUCAUGGAAAGCUGGUCCCCUUGGAUCUGCCUCCAGGAUUUGCAAAUGAACUGAAGAAUAGAUGGGUUUGGGUCUGUCCUGAUCAGAAUCUUUGGAAUUAUUUGAGAAUAUCACUUAGUAUGCAUUAGCACAGCCAAACUAUGGUUAAGAGGAUUUCAAGACUCAGAAAAAGAAUGCUUAAGAAACAGUUAGUCAUUCUGAGCUAAAUAUACCAUGCAAAAAUAAAGGAACUUUCCUCCGGGUUCUAGUUCUGUGACUGAUUGCAAUGCAUGCAAAAAAAAUGAUAAUAAAUCAGUUUAAUAAAGAGAUCGGAAAGACACCACUGGAGUUCAACUUGUGAUAAGACCCAUAAAAUGUAUGAAAAGUUAAACACUUGUACAAGAAUGCAAAAAUGUAUAGUGUUUUUUCUUUUUUGACAUAAAACCGUUUUUUUCAUAUGUAAUAUUUUAAUUUUGUAGCUUGGCAUUACAGAUCAUCUCUGUCUUUCCAUUUGCCCUAUUCUCUCUUUUCCUUCUCUUUUAUAUAAAAGAAAAUAAAGCUGCUGUGACACACAAAAUAAAGAAAAAGGAAUUUAAUAAUAUAAUAUAUAUAUAUACACACAGAUAUAUUUAUCGUGGUAUGUUUGAUGGGACGACUGGAACAGAGGUUCUGUUAUGGUCUUGAUGUGGAAUGAGAAUGGUCUUGAAGAACAAAGUAAAAAGAAACAGAAAACAAAAGCAAACCGUAAAAUGUGAAGAAAGCGUGUACUUUACCUUUGUCACAGUUACCUGUGUCAAGAAAAAAAAUCUGAAAUUUUGUUUACAUAUUUUACUACUAUUUUUUUUGCUAGUAUAAUUUCUGUAUGAAUACCCUGAAGGUGUAUAUACUGUUUUAUGGUUAAAUUGGGAAUGUCUUUUGUUUUUAAUUGAUUUUAUUUGGUUGUUUGGUUUCUACAUUUUCCCAGUUACUGUAAAGAGGAUUAUCUUACUCUAUAGAAAAAUAGCCAGAUGGUGAUGGCCAUGCCUGUCACAUGCAAAAAACAACAACAACCAAAACAAAACAAAAGAACUAAAUGAGGGAGAAAGAGAGACAGAGAGAAAACCAACAAAAAAAAAAAAAACCACCAAGAUGGAUUGAGAGCUCUGGAGUAUCAGAAAUGCACACUUUUUCUGUGUACAGAUGAAAACUAAUCAGCUGUUUAGGUUUAGAAAUCUACUCUUGCUGGUGUUCAUAAGUCGCAUGAAUAUUUGACUUUGAAAAAGUGUCAUCAAAUACACACACGCACAUGGGAACUUAAAUUCAAACAAACAGCCUUCUCAAACAUUUAGAGAAGCUGCUUUCAUGUUAACAAAUAUUUUCAGUGUGUAUGUGUGUGUGGUGCGUGUGCGUGAGAGGUUGAGCUUUUUUUUCCUUUUUUAUUUUUUAUACUAAAAAGAAAAAAAAAAAAGACAGGUUUUAAAAAGGUAUGAAAGCACGAUUUUAGAUGAUUUAACUGGCCAAAUCUAUAUAGAGUUGAUUAUAUCUUGAUGUCUGUAAAAGAUUGCUGUUCUUGGAGUCUUGGAGUCUUGUGAAAUGAUUUCCUUUCUUCCUUUCCUUUUUUGUUUCCUUUUUUAAGUUAAGAGGAAAAAAAACAAUUACACUUUCCUUUUUUUUGUGUAAGUUUCUAUUGGACAGCUUUGGGAACAUGUGCAUUCCUGUAUGUGGGCUUCUACCAUAUCCCUGUUGCUUUAUGGACAAUCUUAAGAAUUUUUAUUUGAGUUAUUGUGAUGUUAUUGCUUUUUUCACCAUUCUUUUUCUUCUUCCUUUUUGAUUCUUUUUCUUUUCUUAUUUGCAUUUUGUUUAAAGAUAUGCUUAGCAAUAAAAUGUUCUUCCCAAAG